AUGGAGAGACCGCGACGGUUCAGAAGGUUCGGAAGGGGGCGUAACCAACCUCACACUCUGCUUCCACUCCGUUCAGAGAGCCGAAGCCGUCCCCUUUCCCACACCGUCUCCUGUUGGUACUGUGACUACAAGUUCUCGGCUCUCAACGGCGUCCUCUUUGGUUUCGGCAGGAGAUAUUCCAAGCAAUUGAAGUUGUGGUUCUCAAUCGGCGUCGGAUUCAGCCUCGCCGCUCUCGUCGGAGCUACUCUGCUUCUUGUUAUGGAAUUAGCAGCUUCCCCAAGUAUUCUCCCUGGCACUGCGAGCGCCACCACUUCCUUAUUGUUCGGGUUCUCCCCUCAGGUUCAUGGUCUGAGCUUCUCCAUCUCUAAUGCCGCUUAUUUGUUUUUCGCUACUUUGGUGUCUGUCUCGGUGCACGAAUUGGGCCAUGCCAUUGCUGCUGGAAGUGAGGGCAUCCAGGUAGAAUACAUUGCCGUGUUCAUCGCGCUUCUGUUUCCUGGUGCCUUGGUAGCCUUAAACGAUGAACUGCUCAAUGGCUUGGAGAGGUUCAGUGCUCUUCGUGUAUAUUGUGCUGGCAUUUGGCAUAAUGCUGCGUGUUGUGCAGCUUGUGGAUUUAUGCUGUUUCUGCUGCCGUUGCUCUUAUGCCCCUUCUACUUGCAUGGUGAAACCCCCAUGGUUCUGCAUGUACCCUCCACAUCUCCUUUGUCUGGCUAUUUGUCUCCUGGAGAUUUGAUCGUGUCACUGGAUGGCAAACACGUCCACGAUGAACAUGAGUGGAAGGAGUUGUCUGCUUUAAUACAAGACCGUACGUUCAAAAUUUCAAAUUGGCCCAAAAGUACACAAGAUUAUGCAGCCUCUCAAGUUCAAAAGGGUUACUGCGUUCCUACAUCUGUGAUGGAUGCCAACACGACCAUUCACUUGGUAGACCUUCAGUCUGCGUGUCCUGAUGGUUUUGCUGAAUUCAGGCCUUCUGAGUGCUCCGAAUCAAGCAAAUUACACGAGAGGUUAUUGCAAGCUGAAGCUGCAGAUAGAGCACUGAAACGGUACUGUUUGACUGCUAGAGAUGUUGUGAUGCUUAAUAAAUGUGGAAAUGGUUGGCUGGGACAUAUCACUAAUGGAAGCAGCUGCUUGUGUUCAGAGGGUGAGUGGUGCUUGAAUCCUGUUCAGCAGCAAGGGCUAGUAUGGGCCGAGAUCACUUAUGCAAGCUCUCGUUCUCCAGAAUGCUUGCAGCUUCAAAGAGAUCCAUCUGCAAAUUCUGAAACCGUAGACUCCAACUGUGGUGGGACUUUUAUUUUUGUAGGUGAUCUGAUGGCCAUGGCACAGUCAAUCCAAUUAACGUCAUAUCAACCUCGAUUUCUAUUCCCAUUCGCUGCUUAUCUUCCGAGCUUUCUGGAGAAGGCCACAGUAUGGGUGUUCUAUGUUUCUCUUGCACUGGCUCUCCUCAACAGUUUGCCGGUAUUUUAUCUUGAUGGGGAGUCAAUUUUAGAGUUAGCUCUGAGCUACUUCACCUGGGUGCGCCCGAGUAAGAAAGGUAGAGCUCUCAAAGCAUGUCUAGUUGGUGGCACGCUCAUUUCUUUGCUGACCUUCAUGAAGGUGUUAGCUAAUCUAUACUACUAA